UCUGACCGGACCAAAUCUGAACUUAGAAAAAUCUUCCAAGAUUCGUCCGAGUUGGAUCCCGACCCAUAAACGACUCCACAUGUUUAGGGCUUCUGUUUCCAACUCACGUUAUUUUUACUAUGAAAUAUGAACUCCUAAGGGGAGUGGACGAACCAUAUAAAUUAUAAUCCUAUCGAAUCAAAACUACAGCUAAGUCAUGAGUUUAAUGAGAAAGCGGUCUUCUAAAACACCGGCUAUGGCUUUCAACAGUGGGCAGAGAGAUCAUGACAGCUUUUACUUUACGUCCACGACACCCCACUUUUUCAAGGUACUGCUCAGUGAUGCUAUUCAGCAUGGGAAACUGCCUUUUCUGGGUGAUAAUUGGUGUCUGUAGCCUUUGACUGAAGAAUAAUGUGCCCAAAUGUUCAAUUCCUUCAUUGAAAAUUCCAGCAAAGUUCGUAAGAAAAUAUGGAAGUGGAAUUUCAAGCCCAGUAUUUCUUAAGGUCCCAAGUGGUGCAAUCUGGCAAGUAAAAUUGACAAAGUCUAAUGCUGAGAUGUGGCUGCAGAGUGGCUGGAGAGAAUUUGUAGAGCAUCACUCUCUGGAGUUACAUGACUUUGUGGUUUUUAGAUAUGAAGGGAAUUGUCUCUUCAAUGUAGUCAUAUUUGAUAAGAGUGCUUCAGAGAUAGAAUACCCAAUUAAUAGCUGUCAGACUCGGGCUGAAAUUCACAAUUUUGAGGAGCAUUCUCAAGUGCCAGCAACAGAAGAAGAUGAUGAUACCUCUGUUGAAAUCUUGGAUGACAUGCCACCAAGCAAGAAACGAAGGGAAAAAUCACCAUUGCCAUCUCCUCGGCCGAGUAGGAAGAUGAGAAUCCAUUCAAAUACUAAAAGAACUGAGAGCAAUGCAACCAAAGUUAGUGCCAAGAGGUUUGAAGUUCCCAAGAGAAAUAGAAGUUCACCUUGGCUUACUCAAGGAUUUAGUGCUAGAGGAUCCACUGCAGCUAGUGAAAGUAAUGGAGGGGUGAAUGCUAGUCAGAAACAGAGACAUAUAUGGAUGCAGAAUACAAUGAAAGGCAAGGAGAAAGCUAAAGCUUUACAAAGAGCUAGUUCUUUCAAGUCCCAAAAUCCCUUUUGUAGGGCUGUCAUGCAACCAUCAUAUGUUACUAACAGAGACCAUUUUUAUAUGCCACUGACCUUUGCCCGGCAAUAUUUGAUGAAGAAGCAAGGCAAAGUCCUUUGUGUUUUUGAUGGGAAAUCUUGGCAUAUGGAGUUAGAAUCUGAUAGUUCAAACAAGAAACGUUUUAGACCAAAACUCAGCAAUGGUUGGAAGGAAUUCUCACAUGAUAACAAUUUGGAUGUUGGGGAUGUUUGUGUUUUUGAGCUGGUUAAAACCACCAAAAUCACUUUCAACGUAGUUGUCUUUCGCAGUGAAGUUGAGGACUCUAAAUCACUAGAAAUCCUGGAUUCCUCUGUUUUUUUUGAGUCAGAUAAUGGAAAUGGCGCUAGUCUGGUGAAAUCCACGAGAAGCUUGGUAACUAAUUAUGCUAGCAAAAGUAAAGGAAAUUUUAACCAAGAGAGACGUCAGAAAACUGCUGGUUCACAGGAUGGUCAAGGUGCUUCGUCUCUUAGAACUCUUGAUGUCUUUCCAGCUUCCAGUAAUUUUGGCCCUGUCCCAGAGGAUCCAAAUUUCAAAGUUGUUGUGAGAUCAUGCAGCUUGAAGCACGGUAGUUUGCAUUUGCCAGCUGCUUUUGCCAAGAGAUAUAUUAUGCCAGAAACUAGGAUGGUAACCCUUCAAGUUGCUGAAAGAUCAUGGCCUGUGAGGCUAAAAUCUUAUAGUUCGAAAUCUUUUUUGACAAGUGGUUGGACUGUUUUUGCAAAGGAAAACUCCCUGCGAGAAGAUGACACAUGUGUCUUUGAGCUGAUUAAUAGGAGUGAUGCUGUGCUGAGAGUUUCCAUCUUUAAACAUGAAGAAAAAGCAGGGGCAAGAGAAAGUGCAGAUAGGAAGAAGAGAAAAAUGAAAGGAAGAAACAAAGAGGAUUACCUUUGUUGAACUAGAAGAAGUAGAAGUAGAAGGUCCUGCUCCAAGCGUCUGUUGACCUAAACCAUGCUUAACGAUUUCCUGGUGUAAUUCUGGAGCCUGAGGA